AUGGGAGAGACAAGAGAUGAUUGUGUUUAUCAGGCUAAGCUUGCCGAACAGGCAGAACGCUAUGACGAAAUGGUGAACUUCAUGAAGUCGGUGGCCGAGAGGGAUAUGGAGCUCACCGUGGAGGAGCGCAACCUUUUGUCUGUGGCUUACAAGAAUGUCAUUGGGGCGCGUAGGGCCUCCUGGAGGAUUGUUAGCAGCUUAGAACAAAAAGAUGAUGGCAAAUGCCCAGAGGAUAGACACAACCUUAUAGUCACUUACAGGAAAAAGAUUGAGCUAGAACUGGGCAAUAUUUGCCGUGAUAUUCUGAGUGUCAUUGACAAGCACUUGAUUCCAAAUGCAGCCACUGGGGAGUCCAAGGUCUUUUAUUACAAAAUGAAAGGUGAUUAUCACAGAUACCUAGCUGAGUUUGCUACAGGCAACGAUAGGAAAGAAGCUGCAGAGAACAGUUUAGUUGCCUAUAAAGCUGCCAGUGACAUAUCUAUGACAGAAUUGGCACCAACACACCCUAUUCGUUUAGGCCUGGCGCUCAACUUUUCAGUAUUCUACUAUGAAAUAUUGAAUUCCCCAGACCGUGCUUGCAGACUGGCCAAAGCAGCAUUUGAUGAUGCUAUAGCUGAAUUAGACACCCUCAGUGAAGAGAGUUACAAGGAUUCAACAUUGAUCAUGCAGCUGCUCAGAGAUAACCUCACAUUAUGGACAUCUGACAUGCAGGGUGAUGCUGAAGCAGGUAAGUAA